UUGGCGAUCGCCCGUUGAUAAAUACCGCUUUUGCUUUUGCUCCUGAGAGCGUCGCCUCCUUUAUUGAUCGCUCGUUCUCUUGUUCUAUCCUUGUUCUAGAAGCUUCCUUUCUUCUUUCGGCAUCCAUGGCGAAGGAUCCCGUCCGAGUUCUCGUUACAGGCGCCGCAGGGCAAAUUGGAUAUGCACUGGUACCUAUGAUUGCUAGGGGAGUAAUGCUAGGUCUGGAUCAGCCUGUUAUCUUGCACAUGCUUGAUAUUCCGCCUGCUGCAGAAUCUCUUAAUGGGGUUAAAAUGGAAUUGAUUGAUGCAGCAUUUCCUCUUCUUAAAGGAGUUGUUGCUACAACUGAUGCUGUCGAGGCCUGUACUGGUGUCAACAUUGCAGUCAUGGUUGGUGGGUUCCCAAGGAAAGAGGGAAUGGAAAGAAAAGAUGUGAUGUCGAAAAAUGUUUCAAUCUAUAAAUCUCAAGCCUCUGCCCUUGAAAAGUAUGCAGCUGCAAACUGUAAGGUGCUAGUUGUGGCUAAUCCUGCAAAUACGAAUGCUCUGAUUUUGAAAGAGUUUGCUCCAUCCAUCCCUGAGAAAAAUAUAACUUGCUUGACACGACUAGAUCACAACAGGGCACUGGGCCAGAUUGCUGAGAGAUUAAAUAUUCAAGUCAGUGAUGUUAAGAAUGUAAUCAUUUGGGGAAAUCAUUCUUCCACUCAGUACCCUGAUGUGAACCAUGCAACUGUAAAAACACCAGGUGGUGAAAAGCCUGCCCGUGAACUUGUUGCCGCCGAUGAUUGGCUGAAGGGAGAAUUUAUCACAACUGUUCAACAACGUGGUGCUGCAAUCAUUAAAGCAAGGAAGCUCUCAAGUGCAUUAUCUGCAGCUAGUGCUGCUUGUGAUCACAUACGUGAUUGGGUCCUUGGGACACCUGAGGGAACAUGGGUUUCCAUGGGAGUGUAUUCUGAUGGUUCAUACAAUGUACCGGCUGGGCUUAUUUAUUCAUUUCCUGUGACAUGUCGCAAUGGCGAGUGGACCAUUGUUCAAGGGCUUCCAAUUGAUGAGUUCUCGAGGAAGAAAAUGGAUGCGACUGCUGUGGAGUUGACGGAGGAGAAGGCAUUGGCAUAUUCAUGCCUCUCUUGAACUGUCUCCUUCGUUAUCUACGCCUGGAGUGGUUAGAGGCCCUAUGGUUACUGCAUACCGAGAAGUAACUCCAGAUUUUGAAUAAAUAAACUUUGGUUCUGCAGAAACAAUUGUUGCAGAUGUUGCCUCUCUUGAUCUAUAUGGUAUUUCCUUUCUUUUUUGCUCUUACAGUAGGCCUCAUUAUCUCUAAUUGCAGUGCUCUCGUCUUAUUAUGCUGUGGUUUAUGCGGAGACGGUAACUUAAAUCCGGAUAUGUACUAUUUAUUCAUGGAAAAUGUUGCAGAUGUUGCUGCGUUGGGUAUGAAUCUUUCGUUUUGUUCUUU